AUGGCCUCCACAGUACCCAGCACAAUGAAAGCCUGGCAGUUCUCUAGCGCUUACCCAACGAUUGAAGCGAAUCUGAAGCUCAACAAUAACGCACCACUCCCGGACGGGGCAAAGAACCUCGGGCCUGACCAAGUUCUGGUGAAGGUCAUCGCUGCAGGCCUCAACCCGGUCGACUUCAAGUUUGCCGAAAUCCCAUGGCUCGGCCGGUUUAUCGUCGGGAGCCCGUCCACGCCGGGGAUGGACUUCGCCGGUCGAGUAGUCGCAACCGGACCCAACACCAAGAGCGUCGCGGUGGAAGACCUGAAACCGGGACAACUCGUGUUUGGGCGACUCGACAGUCCAUGCAAGUUCGGUACUCUGGCCGAGUAUACCAUUGCGCCGCGAAAGGGCUGUGUGGCUAUCCCACCUGGUGCACGCGUGAUUGAGACGGCAUGCGUGGCAUCCGUUGGGCUGACGGCAUAUCAAUCUAUUGUGUACCGGCUGAAAGAUCACGCUGGAAAGAGAGUAUUCCUCAAUGGUGGCAGCGGCGGUUGUGGGACGUUUGGGAUCCAGAUCGCCAAGCAGAUGGGCUGUCAUGUUACAACCAGCUGUUCAACGCCGAACGUCGACCUGUGUCGGAGUCUUGGUGCCGACACUGUUAUCGACUACAAGAAAACAGACGUCAUUGCAGAGUUAAAGAAGAUGCAGCCAUUUGACCUCGUUGUGGAUAACGUCGGCGUACCUACCGAUCUCUACUGGGCUGCGCCGUCAUUCACGAACCCUGGGGCUCCUUAUGUACAGGUUGGAGCUCUGGCGGUCACUCCAGGCUUCAUUUUGGGCAAUUUCUUCAAGGCUAGGUGGCCUGGUUGGCUUGGGGGUGGGAAGAGGCCUUGGGAGUUCAUGCAUAUUGAAAGCAACGUUCAGGACUAUGAACAGCUUGGACGGUGGAUGCAAGAAGGAAAGCUGCGUGCUGUAGUGGAUGAGGUGUUUGGUAUGCAAGAUGAUGGCGCGGUGAAGGCGUACCAAAAAUUAAGGACAGGGCGGGCGAAGGGGAAAAUUAUUGUGAAGAUUGACGAGACAUGGGAAGACUAG